UGCCCACACUGCAGGUUUUUCAGGUCCCUGCUGGAGUGUGCACUCACAGGCGUAAAUAAACGUGCUACCCACAGCCUGCGUCAGCCAACCCAGCUAUUUAAGCAGGCUGGCAUCAGCCAACUCAGCUUCCAAAUCCAGAGCUUGCCUUUGCCACUUUCACCCGUGUCGGGACCAUGUCGGCGGAGACCGCGAGCGGCCCCACGGAAGACCAGGUGGAGAUCCUGGAGUACAACUUCAACAAGGUCAACAAGCACCCGGACCCCACCACGCUGUGCCUGAUCGCGGCCGAGGCCGGCCUUUCCGAGGAGGAGACGCAGAAAUGGUUCAAGCAGCGCCUGGCCCAGUGGCGGCGGUCAGAAGGCCUGCCCUCAGAGUGCAGAUCCGUCACAGACUGAGGAGAUGGUGGUCACUGGCGGCUUCCCUCCAUGAAGACCAUCUGCUGUUUCUCUCCUUGGCUUAAUCAAGCUAUUGUGGUUUUUAGUGUCGUGUCAACAUGUUCCACUGUUAGCUCUCCUGCUAUUUAACACAAUGGUGUAUAUUUUUUUUAAUGUACAUAACUAGAAAAGAAAAUAACAGUAGGAAGCUAUGUGCAGCUUCUGUGUAAAGCACUGGCUUGGCUGGAAAGUGGUGUGGCUUGCAUUUCCUUUUGGGUCAUGAUGACAGAUGGUGUGAAAACCAUCUAAGUUUUCUUUUCACCAUCACCUCCCAGUAACAAUUUUCUUUCACCAUCCAUUUCAGAGCAGACAGGCCUCUGUUCAAAAGAUAACAUGACCAAGAGGGAAAAACAUUUCCUUCUAUUUCUACUUCCCUAAGUCAUUUUCCUUGUGUUUCAUUUAAUACAUUGAGACUGAGUGAGGAUACAGAGGGAAUUUGAGUCAUUCAGAUUUCAUAAAGCAGUUCCUUGGAUUAUAGCUGCAUUAAUUUGGAAAGUGCUCAGACUGGAGGAUAGAAACUCAAACUGGCAAAAAAUCAAGUAACUAAGGAAAAAAAUCCACACAAGUCUUCAACUUACCUUAUUUACAUGCAUUUGUUGAAUUUAUUUUGCUAAACAAAAUGAACUUUUUGUCUCUAAAAUGAUAUUCUAAAUAAAACAUUAACCUUUUGUUGAAAA